AUGGAGUCCGUAAUAUCAGUGAUACAGCAUUCUGCUUCGAUUAACAAUGCCUUCAUUUCAACUGUGGAUCAUUUGCCAUGCGAUGUGAUACGGUCUCUUUGGCUAAUGCAGUCUUGUAACAUAGCGUCAAACACAUUCAAAACUGCUUUGGAUCAUUUGAUGCAACAAAUACAAAAAGACCCAGUGCAGUGUAGAAAGAAUCCUGAAACUAUAAGCAAAUUGAUCUAUUUGAAAGAAAAGAUACGAAAUAUGGAUUCAGAAGCCUUGCAAGAGAGCCGUGCCCUCUACAACCAGUUGGUUACGCACCGGACUUCCUUGGUGGAAGAGUUGAACCAGUUGAUGAGCUUGGGGAGUGUGUCUCGGAGUGAGAAUGGUGACAGCAGUAAUGAGUUAGAAAAGGUCGAAAAAAUAGAAGAAGAGAAGUUCUCUCUGGAAAUAACUGCUGAAAAUCUUAAGCAGCAACUUUUGGAUCACUACAAUCAUAAUCCAUUGAAGUCUCAAGUAGAAGCAUUGAAGGAGCAAGAAGAACACAAGAAGGAACUUGCUGCAGCAGCUAUAACAGCACAAGAGCAUUUGCAUUUGAAGUCAAAGAAGAAAAGUAAAGCGUUUCAGAAUUCUUCUACUAGACCGAAAGUCAAGCUUAUACUCAAGAUACCGCAGAAGGGUAAAGAUGCAAAAAGCAGAUUGAAAAAGCAAGAGCUAACUCAAGAAAUGAGUAAAUCGAAACAUCUGAAACACCCAGCACAAAAACCUAAGCCUCAGCCUGAACCUGAGCCCGAACCUGAGGUGUUAGUAGAACCAGAAGAUACAAAUUUGUACUGCUUCUGCAAGCAGCCCUCCCUGGGAGACAUGAUUGGUUGCGAUAACGAAUAUUCGUGCCCCAAUGGAGAUUGGUUCCAUUACAAGUGUGUCGGUUUGCUUAGCAAAGUGGAAGCAUUAAAAUACUCCUCAGGAAAGGAAAAGUGGUUUUGUUCAGAUGGAUGUAGACAAAUAUUCCAAGAUAGGCAGAGCCGAAAGAAAAAGAAGAAAAGUAAAAGAUGGUGA